AUGUCUAACAACGUUCUACAAGAAGACUACUCAACCAAAAAUGAGUUUCUGGCACUAGAGAGGCAAGUACUUAGCCAGUAUCAAGCGUUGGCGAUCAAACUUAAUACACUCUCUGAUGAAAUCGCCAAGUUGAACAAACAUCUCCCAUCCGAGACACAAAUCGCCUUAGACCUCACCACUGGCCUGGCAGAUUCUCUUUUACGGAACAUGCACAACCUAGAACGGAAGAUUGGUCUAGUGUACACUUUGUUCAGGACGGCGGUGUAUACUUUGUUGCUUCAAAAUCAAGAAAACAAGGAUGCGCAAGAUGCUCCUCUGAAUAUGCUCGAUGACUUUUCUGCUCCAUUGGACUAA